AUGGUGGAGAAAAUACGAGCAGUUGCAUACCAUUUGGAGUUGCUAAUUGAGUUCCAUGAAAUCCAUAAUGUAUUCCACGUCUCCUCGUUGAAGAAGAGUUUUGGGAAUCAAACACUAGCAGUGGUAGACCCCAAUAGCAUUCCUUUGCAAUUUAGGCUGACCUAUGAAGAGAAGCCACUACAAAUCAUUGACUGGAAGGAAGAAGAGUUACAGAACUGCAGGAUUCCAUUGGUCAAAGUACUUUGGCAAAAUCAUAAUGUUCAAGAAGCGACUAGGAAGAAAGAAGUUGAUAUGCAAGCCAAGAAUCCCAGUUGUUUGGAACCUAAUCUAGUCUUAUUUUGUUUUGGUCUAGGCUCAGCCAAUGUUUUGUGA